AUUUUUUUAGUAGAACAGUGUUUUAUUCAUGUUUCCUGGCUGUCAUAAUCUUUGUUGUGGUGUUGUUUUCAGGCUUCAUUCACAGGUACAGGGUGUCCCUAAUGUGUCGAGGAAGCCUACCACAGCCCACCAUCCCCUACCCUCACACAUGCCAAAAAGCCCUGAAUAUGGGUCUGAUGAUGACCUGUUCUCUGAUAAGCCCAAGUCAGGGGGAAGCACAGAUCCAGAUUCCCACCACUUACUGGCCCCUGGUCGGCCUUUCACUCAGAAUCACUGUACACAGCGAGACGCCCCACUUCGUACAGUCGCACAAUGUGACACGCCACAGGCACUGACUAUCCCAGAUCCUGGAUGUGGGAGAGGAGGAAAACAGGCCAAGCUUCGAUCAGUAGAAGAAAUCCCAGAGAGAUACAGAGACGUUUUCAACUUCCCGUAUUUCAAUAUUGUACAAUCUCUUGUACUGGAUGAUGUGUUGUAUACAGACAAACCCAUGGUGGUUUGUGCUCCAACUGGCUCAGGCAAGACUGCUGUGUUUGAGCUGGCAAUAUUGCGGCUGCUCAUGACAGCUGCUACUCAGAACAUGGGACAGAUCAAGAUCGUAUACAUGGCCCCUAUCAAAGCUCUGUGUAGUGAGAGGUACCUGGACUGGAGGGAUAAGUUUGAGCCUUUUGGGCUGAAGUGUAAAGAACUGACCGGAGACACAGAGGUAGAUGAUUACUUCCAGCUACAGGAGGCCAACAUUGUCACCACUACACCUGAAAAAUGGGACAGCAUGACUAGGAAAUGGAGAGACAACAAAUCCCUGGUGCAGAUGGUUCGGCUGUUUCUGAUAGAUGAGGUGCAUGUACUGAAUGAUGACACAAGGGGAGCAACCAUGGAGGCUGUGAUCAGCCGUAUGAAAACUGUCCAGUCAGCACUAAGCUGGACAAACCAGCCAGCCAUGGCCAUGAGGUUCAUUGCUAUCUCUGCCACCAUUCCAAACAUUGAAGAUAUUGCAGAGUGGCUGGGUUCAGGUGAGGACAGUGCUGUUUUUCACAGUUUGGGUGAGAAGUACCGACCAGUCAGGUUAAGAAGGGUUGUGUUGGGAUACAACUGUUCCCAAGAUUCAUCUGAUUUCAAGUUUGACAUCUCUCUCAACUACAAGAUGGCUGGCAUAAUCCACACAUACUCGGAGAACAAGCCCACUCUGGUGUUUUGUUCCACAAGAAAGAGUGUCCAGCAGGCAGCAUCAAUUCUUGUGAAAGACUCCAAGUUCAUCAUGGAUUCCCAGCACAAGGAGAGGCUUGUUCGCUGUGCCAACUGCUUGAGGGAUUCCAAAUUAAGAGAGCUGGUGCUGUGUGGUGUGGGCUAUCAUCAUGCAGGCCUGGAAUUGCACGACAGAAAAGCUGUAGAGGAACUGUUCACAGCCGCUGAUUUACCUGUUCUCUUUGCCACUAGUACUUUGGCAAUGGGGGUGAACCUACCUGCUCACCUGGUGGUGAUCAAGUCCACGACACAGUAUCAUAUGGGGGUGGCCCAGGAGUACUCAGAUACUCAGGUUCUCCAGAUGAUCGGAAGGGCAGGCAGGCCACAGUUUGACACCUCAGCCACAGCAGUGAUAAUGACUAAGAUGUGUAACAAGUUCAAGUAUGAGGCCCUGAUUAAAGGUACACAGCUGCUGGAAAGCAGCUUGCACAAGCACCUGAUAGAAUACCUGAAUGCUGAGAUCUGCCUAAGGACGAUCACGGAUGUUACGGUGGCCCUGGAGUGGAUCAAGUCAACACUUCUGUACAUACGAGUCAUGAAAAACCCCAAACACUACGAUAUGCCCGUGGGAUUGACCAAGAAUCAAGUAGAAAAGAGGCUGCAAGACAUGUGUGUGCGAAACCUGAAUUUGUUGUUAGGGAUUGAGCUGAUUAACAUGGAUGAAGACCACUUUGAAAUACAGACUACAGAGCGAGGUCGCAUGAUGGCUCGGUUCUGCAUCACCUACUCUUCCAUGAAGAAGUUCAGUGAGCUCUCUGGCACAGUUUCCAUGUCAGACAUGCUGACUGUGUUGUCCAGUUGUAAAGAGUUUUCUGACAUUCAGCUGAGAGUGACUGAGCGCAGACCCUUGAACAUGUUGAAUAAGGACAAGAAUAGAGCCACUAUCAGGUAUCCAAUGACUGGUAAAAUCAAGUCCAAAGACAUGAAAGUGAACUGUCUGAUUCAAGCCCAGCUUGGAAGCCUCACAAUCCAGGAUUUUGCUUUGGCUCAAGACACCACCAAGAUCUUCAGAGUUGCUCAGAGGGUUGCAAAAUGUCUUGUGGAGUUUAUGUGGAGCAAGCCUCACUUUCAGACUCUGCUGACAUCAGUGAUGCUCUGUAAAUGCUUGAAAUCAAGACUCUGGGAGAAUUCCAAGUUCAUCACCAAACAACUUGAGGGCAUCGGCCCUAUGCUGUCUAAUGCCUUUGUCAAUGCUGGCAUUACAAGUUUUCAGAAGAUUGAGGAAACAAAUCCCAGAGAAUUAGAGCUGAUUGUAAAUCGACAUCCCCCAUUUGGUAAUCUGUUACGAGAUGCUGUCAGCAAACUCCCCAAGUAUGAACUCUCAAUCGAACAGAUUGUUAAGUACAGCCCGGUGUCUGCAGAGUUAGCGGUGACUGUGUGCUUGGCCAACCCAGAGUCAGUGAAGUCCAACAAAGCUGUGGGCAGUCAGCACUUCUGUGUCCUACUUAUAGGAGAUGCUGACAACAAUGUGAUUCUAAAGGCCAAGCUCAGUGACCAACUGCUAGUGAGAGAAGGCAGCUGGAGGAGGAAAAUUAGUGUGGAGAGAGCCAACAAGGGCAACCACCUGGAUGUCUACCUCAUUAGUGAGGACCUGGGGUAA